AUGACGAACCCACGAAAGAGGAUUUACCAGUUCGUUACCGCUCUACAGAUUGUCUUUAGUGUCUUCUCUGUGACGAUUCUCUGCUUAACCCUUCCGCUAAUGUAUAAUAAUGUGCAGUCAACAAUCCAAUAUGUAGAUCAGGAGAUGGCAUUCUGUGAGCGAUCAAAUCAGGAAGCUUUGAUGGAAUUAGAAUAUGGAAAAAUGACUUCUAAUCGAACAAGACGUGGAAUAUAUGGUGGAGGUUAUGGAGACGAAGUUACUGGCACACCCCUAGAGACGGAAUGUCCAGGUGGGACCAAAUAAAA